ACCACCAGACGGAGGAGGGGUGUCCUUGUGCAAGCGGCAUAUCCAUUUUUGUUGAAUUGCUUCUCUUUCUCAAUUCAAUAUUGUUAACAUAUGUAAAAUCAUCUUCGUCUUUUUUCUACGCUGAAGAACAUCUGAACUUUGUUAUGGAACUGGAUAAAAUGGACGAGAAUGACUGGAAAUAUCAUGGGGAAGGCAACAAGAGCCUAGUGGUUUCUCAUGUUCAGCAUUCAAGAGUACUGCGGCUGCUGAAAUAUCCAUCGCAGGGUGCAGAACACACCCAGCAGACAACAGAACAGGCCUUUCGCCAUAUACACAGCAUUGUGGAUUUUAGUAAAAACGUCAUGAAGCCUUUGUUGGGGGAGGAGUAUGUUCACAGCGGCGAAGUUGUUAAUCUCCCGCUGGAUUUUGUGAGGCACUUGUCCUUGAAAGUGGAGCAGGAGAGACCAGAAUUGCGGUGUGACAAAGUCAUGGAUACCUUCAGUGGAUAUGCACUGUGUCUACCCAAUCUCACCCAUCUGAACUCUUGCCACUUUGACGACCACAGAAUUCCCCUUUGUGUAGAAAUAAAGCCAAAAUGUGGGUUUCUUCCUUUUUCGACACACGUCACCAAGGAAUGCAAGCGCAGAGUGUGUCGGUUUUGCAUGCACCAACAUUACAAGCUGGCCAAUGGGAAGUGGAAACGGCAGAGCCGAUACUGCCCCUUGGACCUUUUCUCAGGGAACAAACAGAGAAUGUAUAUUGCCAUCAAACACCUUCUUGAGGAACCACAAAACAACUUAAAAAUAUUUAAAGGCGGAGAGCUGAUCUUCAGCUGUAAGGAUUCGGGGGAGCAGCAGCCCGAUCUGAGCUCGCUGGUGCAGCAGCUGCGGCCCUACUUCACCCCCCACCACGCCUCCUCCGGACUCUACCACCGCACACACCUGGCACCCAAGACCGUGCUGCACGAGUUUAUCCAGGUGGUGGUGAGCGCCCUGUUGAGCAGCUGGGGUUGUGGCCGCUCCUCCGAGCCCAAGAAGACACAUCCACUCCCCGCUGAGGCACGCAGCUACUGCGAGGCUGGUACCCUGCACCGGGACCUGCACAGACACGGUAACAGCGGCUUGCCAAAAGACUCAGUCCUCGGCAGGAUCCUGCAGGCCCAGAUGCUGGAUAACCUGGACAUCGAAGGCGUCUACCCGCUCUACAAACGUGUGGAACAGCACCUGGAGGAGUUCCCCAAAGAAAGGAGUAGACUGCAGAUUGAUGGGCCGUACAAUGAGAGCUUUCUGGAGAAAGUUAAAAGCUGUCCUGCUGAAGACGACGGCUCUGUGGACUACGCCAUAGGAAAGGUGCAUCACUACAGAGUGGCCAUGACCGCCAAAGACUGCUCCGUGAUGAUCACACUGGCACCCUCUGAAGAGGAUGAAGUUCUUGAAUCCAGCCUUGAGAUCCAGCCUACGAAGCGUCGGCUGGCGUGCUCCGUGUCCAUCCUGGAUCUGGACCCCAAGCCCUAUGACUCGCUGCCCCACCAGCACAAGCUGGACUCCAAGAUAGUCAACUACUACCUGCGGAGCACCACGCAGAACCAGCACCAGCACCAGCACCAGCACGCCCCCCAGGAGCUGGGCACCUCCCCUGGCACGCUCACGCUGCUGUCCGAACGCGACGACAACUGCACGCUGCUCUUUCAUCCUGUCUGACACAUACAGACACAACACAGACAGACCGAUACUCCUCUCCUCUCUCCACUACCCUACUCUUACCACCUCCCCACAGCCCAGCCUUCCCUGCCAUCCUCUCUUCUGCACUCAACCCCUGACACCCCCCUCCAUUACCCAACCCCCCGCUCAAUCGUGCCGCUUUUGAAUUUAGCAAUGACAAAUGCAGAUGGUUUGAGCAUAGGCAACUUACAAUGUCUUCUUUUCCCCCUCCCUCCCUCCCUCCCCCUCUCCCAAAUUAAGGCUGCUUCCCGUUUUCUUGUUUCUAAACCUGUAUGGCAAACAUGCAUACAGUACAUAUGUGUGGGAACUGAAUGUAGGGAAUGAAGCUGCGGCGUCUGCUAGCGUGCUCGUUUUGAGGUGAGCUGGUGUUGUUGUUUCAGGGUGUGUCGUUCGCUUGUGUGUGUUGAAGUUGAAGUUGCACACUUGAGUCCACUCGUGCUGUGUGUGGUGCUCCUACAGUAUGGUUUGUGUGGGAGGCUGGCCUCCUGAUGCACAUAGACAGACAGGUGUGAGGUUACUGGGUACUGUCCUUUAAAAAAAAAAUGUUUUUAAAUCAUUGCGCUCUGUGGACAUAGAUGUGCCAAAAGAUUGGGGACAGCAGCAUUUCUGGCUGAGUAACCCAAUGAAUGAAUGAAUGAAAGAAUGAAAGAGUGGAUGGAUAGAUUGCUUGCUCCAAGGCUGUUGUAUUGGUUCCAGUGAUGGGGCAACCUGAAUUCAUUAGUCUUCUAUGUCAAUGCCACAUUUUCCAGAUGGCCUGGUUCGACUUGUUUUAUUCAACCAGGCAAUUACCUGCUUGAAUUACAUUACAUUACACUUAACGGAUGCUUUUAUCUAAACUAAGCGACUUAGUUAUUUUCAAAGUACAGGGUAGUGAUUACAGUCCCUGAGGCAGUGUGGGGUUAGGUGCCUUGCUCAAGGGUACCUCAGCCAUGGGGUGAGGUAGGGAGUGGAAGGGUGAGAUUGGAGCCCGCAACCCUCUGAUUGAUUUAAAGUCCAAUCUCCUUAACCCUUAGGCCAUGUAUGCCCCCUGCUGACUUAAACGUGUUCCACCAGGUCAUUUGGAGAAUGUGGCACUGGAUUGUACCUUGACAAAUCCAGGUUGCCCAUCACUGUUUGUUUUAGCAGGUUAUAACUUGAUGAAUAAAAAACCUAUUCUAUUAUAUUUUUGGGGUGUGAGGUGGCGGUGUGGUGUUUGGGGUGUGUAAGCGGCGCAUCUCUUGUGGUGAAGCAGGUCAGUGAUCUUCUAAUGUUCAGGCAAACAUCAUCUAUUAGAGUAAGAUAGCCCAAACUCCGCACACCCAAUGCAAAGGAGUGUGCUCAAAUUUGGUCUCCUAAGGGGGCGUUGUCCCAUCCUUCUUCUUGUCUUUCUGUGGCAUUUGGUAACGGCUUGCAUGAGAUGUGCGCUACCGGCAUCUACAGUGCCAAGGGAACUCCAUUCAUUCUCAACCGUAAGACUCAAAAGGUCUCCUAACCGAAGGUCUCCUAAAGGGGCGUCCACCUGACAUCACAUGGAUCCAGGAAAUGCAUGGACUUGAACUAUUUUACUCUAAUAGAAGAUGUUUGGUUCAGGGAGGCAGUACAGAGGAAGGCAACAGCACGGCUGAUCAUUUGCCAAGUUCCUGUUUUCUUUUUGAGUAAAGGCUUUCAAGUUUUUUUUCCCCCCCCUUUGCCAGAGUUGUUAAUCCCAGCUUCAGAUGACUACAUAGGUGACCUGAGUAGCGAUCCAACGGGGAGGUUUUCCGAGAACAGGUGACUUACUUGGGUAGCCGUCCUACAGGGAGGUUUUCCGAGAACAUGUUUCAGUGGCAAACUGUGCCAAGUUAACCUACAGGCUAAUAUUGUGUGUAGGCGUCAUUUAUUGGGGACCCCAGGCUCUUCUAUUAAUAAGAUAAUUUACCCACAACCUCAAGGUUUACUGCUCAGAUUCUUGGAAUACCCCCAUGGUCUUGUUGCUUCUUACAAUCAGCUGGUUGAAUACAUCGUGGCUGAUCCCCCCCCCCCCCCCUGAACCUGGUAUUGAUGCCUGUGUUUUUGUGGUGAGGAGAAAGCCAAUAUGUUUCUGUUACAACAGCCACUGUUUUGUUUAGGUGCUGAUGUGUGUAUGCGUGUGUGCGUGUGUCUAGAGCCAGUAGACUGCAAUGUGCUAUUAGAGUUAUGCUUUUUAAAAAGAAGUCGAGUUCUGUUACAUACAUGCAUUUAAACAUAGAUGCGUUAAAGAAACUUAUCAAGCUGCACCAGGACUCUUCCUUGGAAAAACAAACAAACAAAAAAACAGUUGUCAGUGUUUUACACGAGUCAAUAUUGCCAAUAAAACAUUUAAAGUGAUACUGUGCCAUUUCGGGAAAUAAGCUCAUUUUACACCUCCCCUUGACUUAAAUAAUUGAGCUUUACCUUUUUCCUGUUCUUUCAGCCGUUUUCCGAGUCUGCCAACGCACAGUCUACUUCCAAUCGAGCAAUUAUUAUUGAAAACUGCAGGACCAGAUAGCGACUUGCUGGUUCCUUAAAAGUCAAUGACAAUUGCUAGCUUGGAACUAGAAGUAACAUCACCAGACAAGAAUUGUUAGAAGAACAGGAGAAAGGUAAAACGGGUGUCACUGGAAAUGCACUCAGAGAGUGCAGACCUCUGCCAAGAAAGUUGUUUGAUAGAACAUUACAGUUGACAGUUAACCCACAUUAUUUUCAAGUCUUACAAUGUGAAAAUUAAAAUAAUCUUAAAAAAAAAUAAAUCCUGAUUCGUAUCGCCACCAAAAUUCAGUUGUUCACUUGUUCCUUUUCUCAUUUCGAACAACUCAACAAAGUUUUAUCAAAAUCUGUUCAUAACUUUUUUUUUGUUAUCCUGCUGACAAACAAACAAACAAACAAACAUGACCAAAAACAUAACGGUGGAGGUAAAAAUGAUCUUAUUUCCAGAAAUGCUUGCGGUUUUGCUUCAAGGGCAGUUGCAGGUAUGUGUGUGAACCUAGCCUGUGGAGUGCUGUUGUAGUGAGGGACUACAAUCUCCAUAAUCAAGGAAAGAUCAGUACAACUCGCUGCCCUCUGCCAUGAACUGGACUCUGGUUUUACACAACACACACAGUUCAGCUGCAUUGAAGGCAGAAAGCGACGAUGCAUACAUAUUUCUGAAACCUUAAAACACGAUAAUGGACAGUUCUUAUCAUUAUUUACAUGCAUGUGCAGUAUAAAACACUAUUUUGGACGUGGGUUUUUUUAAAGGGUGAUCCAGUACACUGUUGCUUAUGUGUUUGAUGGAGGAUGAAAGAAAUUCUGUUCAUAUUAUCUAAGGCCAGCUUGUGUGUUAAAAAACCCAUAGAUGUUCAUGAUGAAUGCAGGCGUGUUUCUGUAAAGAUCAGAGCUGCGUGGAGGCCAACAUAUAACCUACAGGCAAACUGCCUUAUUCUCAGUUACACCCAGGAGCGCGUUUCCCCUUCCACCAGGGGCAAGUUCAACCACUGCACCGGCCUGGUAUGUUUCGCUACAGUUUCCUGAUUAUUGUCAAGUUCAUGGAAUUGUAGCACAACAUUCUGGAAUCGUAUUGCUACCUUUUUCAUGUGUGAUGAACUUGGCCCAUAGUUGCUGCUCCCCUGUUAGUAACUUCAUUGGUUGGCUUUGAGUAAUUGCGUUGUGAUAAAUAACGUAGGUAGCGACUAUGGUUUUGGGGAACACGCUGCAGUGUUUACGCCAGUGUCUGUGUGUCAAAUCCAAGGCUGUUUACAUAGUCAAUGCAUCCUGACGGAUACAUGUGCUGCAAGGCUACUCAUAGCCUACCUACUCGAUGCAUUGCAUCCCCUGAAUUUUUGAUACUUCACCCUCGUUACGUGUAUCCUCAUUGGAGAGGAAAUACUUGCAUCGCACAUUACAUGCAUUUCUUUUUUUCUUUUUUUAACAUUAGUCGCGUUGACUAUGUAAGCAGCCCAAGAGCUUGCUCCUUUGUCCCUGAGGACGGUAUCUGCCCUUUAGUACGUUACCAUACCACUAGUGGUGGUCUACUGUACUCUAUUUGAGCUUCUAGCAUUUUUUUUUACUGACACCACAAUAAAAUAAUUUUAAUUCCACACCUCACUAGUCCCCAGGCUAACCCACACCACAUCAUAUCAUACCACACUGCAUCAGGGGUGCGCUUCUCAAAAGCAUAAUUGCCAAUCAGCAACUUGGGUAGUUGCCAAUGGGAAAUUGCAUUGCAAACAACAGAGUAGCUAACAUAGUUGGUUUUCGUUAUGGGUUUGGUUUGGGAAAUGCACCCCAGAUCAGAGAUGUCCUUUAGCACAAGAGAGGAAGCUGGCAAGCACCAAAGAGUUCAGGAGAGUAAAGGGUUAAACCAAGGCCUUGUCCGAAACGUUCACUAGGUCACUACAUAGGAUAUGCCAGUUGAAUUGUUUUGUUUCCUGCUGGGCCACCAGUGAAUAUUUCGGACUCAUUCAAGUCUCUUUCUGCUGUAUGUGUAAAUGAAGGUUUUCCAACACUGAAAUAGAGAGAUUAAAACGCAUUUCCCUCCAGAUAGUGCAGAAUUUUAUUGAUAUUACAACUGUGAAAUUAUUUCACUAUAAAAAAUAAUUGACUGAUAAGCCUCCUUAAAACAUUAAAGUACACCCACUGUGAUGCAUACAGUAGAAGAAACUAAAAAGGAUCUAGAUUUAACUAUUUCGAGAAGAAUAGUGAUUUUUUUUUUUCUGUCUGGAAUUUUGUAUUUAAAUUAUUUAUUUUUCUAGGUCUUUACUAAUGAAUAUAUUUACAUACAGUCUGUGCGUAUAUGUAAUUAAAGAGAAUGUACAGAAGGCAUUAAAACAUUUUUUUUUGCUAAUGGUUGACUGUACAGAGUUGUUCAUAUUGAAUAAAAAGAUGAAUGGUCUUA